GUUUUUCAAUUUUCUCUUUUUGGAAUGUUUGUGUUUUACUCUUGUAGAUUGUGAAAUUUAUCAGCUAUGUAUUGCUCACUGCUGGUUUCAUGAGAGAGAUAAUUAGAAGCUUAAAUUGUAUAUAUAUUUUCAAGUAAAAUGUAUUGAGUUGAGGAGAUUUAUGCCGGUUGGGUUUUUGGCUUUGUAAGCUGUCCCAAAUUAAUGGAGCUGAAGGUCUGGGUCGAGGGGAUACAAAGGAUUGUUUGUGGUGUAACUGAGACUACCACUUGUCAGGAUGUAGUCUUUGCAUUGGCUCAUGCGACUGGAAAAGUGGGUAGAUUCACAUUAAUUGAACGAUGGAGGAAUAAUGAGAGACUCUUAGCUCCACAAGAAUAUCCUCUAAAGAUUCUAAUGAAAUGGGGUGAAUAUUCAAACGAUAUACAGUUCAUUCUAAGAAGAUCUGAUAGCAGCGAUAACCAAAAAUUCUUACCACCUAAUAGCAAUAUAAAAUCACCAAAUGGAAAUGGUCAAACUACAUUAAAUCCCAACAUACAAGAUAAGCAGAAUUCACCAAAUAGGCCAAAUUCAACUGCAUUUAACAAUGUUAAUACAUCACCAAGUAAUCCGGUGGGUGUUGUAAGGGGUAUACAACAAAGUAAAACUUCCGAUGAUAGUCCAGUAUCUAAAGAUGUUCCACCUUAUCGGGAUCCUCCACCACCAUACAGAUCUCCGCCUCCACCUCAAGGAGUUCGGAAGUCGCCCAGCCGCUCGAGACCUCGCUCACACAUGUCACCGGUAAAUGAACCUGAUGAAGAACGGAAUCCGGAGGCAGUCAGCUAUAACACGCAAUAUAGAGAGUUGGUGUCACUUGUAAAUUAUCAGAGAGACAAACUUUCCAGCCAGCAAGUUGAUUUGAUAAAAUAUGACGCAGAGAUAGGGUACUGGGAAAACAAAGGCAGAGAGCAGGAAAGACAAGUGGAACUCUUACAACAACAAAUCAACUCAGCUGACAGUCAACUUAGAAUUAGCACAGAACAGGUACAAGCAUUAAACUAUGUUGAAGAAGAAAGCGAAAUAGCGAAACAAAAUGAGAAGACUUUGAAAUCAGAGAUUGUACUGGUUCGAUCAAAACUAGCCAAUUGUGAGACAGAACUUUUACAAUGUAAGAACAAGAUUCGAAAAGUCAUGGAAGAUAUACAUACUGAACAAAGACUUCAAAAUGGCCGUCAACAAGAGAAUCGGCAAGCCUUGGAAAGGACAAUGUUAGCAGAAAUGGAUGGCCUUCAAACGCAGAUACAACAAGCAAAACAUGCCACAGAGAUCAACCACUUAACAGCUGAAAAUCUGAAACGAGAGGUGGGUGUACUCGAAACAGCCAUAAUGGAAAAGAAGCGACAGGUGGAACGGCUAGUUCAGGAAAUGAAGGAAGCUAAUCUUCAGAGUCUUACUGGUAGUGUGGACGAACUUCGGCAUCCGUUAGACGGCAUGUGCAAAGCAGGCAGCGCUAGAAGGAUUAUUGGGUCUCCGAGACAACUUGAGAACGCCGCGCCCACAAAUAAGAACCCACAUGGAGUUUGGGUGUAAAACUAGUAAAACAUAUUUACUAAUUUCAAAGUUUUAUACUAAAAAACACGAAACACUCAUACCCAUACAAACAUAAAAAUCAUGUUUUGUCAGCAAUCUAAUUGGUUUAGUAAUUUUAAAAUUUCAAUUAAAAAAAAUGAGAUCCUCUGAGAUUAUAAUGUGUUUCACAUUAAAUACCUAUAAGGAUACCUAUUGCAAAAAUCUUUAAAAUUAAGUUCUAUAUGAAUUUAGUCUUCAACCCAUUUGAAAGUAGUUAAACAACUGCCCAAUCACACGCGAUGACAUCCAUCGUUUGCGUUGAUGCAAUACUUAUGCGAGCAAUGGUUUCGUCUUCGGUUUAUAUAGAACAAAUAAAUAAUAGUAUAUGUCUUAUACUACAAUAAUUAAUGUAUUCACAAUAUAAAUUUAUAAGUCACAUUAUAUUAAAAAUAUAAUUUUAUAAGAUGCAUAAACAUUUAUAGUAGACAAACUGUAAAUAAAAUCAUAUUUAAUCAUUAGAAUUUAAUAUAAUGUAUUAGCGUUGUGUUCAAAUUGUGUCAUAUACCGUCACAAAUACUCGGAUAAUUCUUAAGUAUUAAAAAAAACGAUUUUUCUUUAAAAUGAAAAAUAUGAGGAAUAUUUUAAUGAUAUACCUUACUUCACUAUUUAAAUAAAUGAAGAUAAAACUACAAGUUGGUAUUAUCAAGUGUAUAUGUUUGAAGUUUCUAUGUAGGGUCGUUAUAUUUGUACUAAGCAUUUUAAAAGUCUUGCCUUUUUUGUUUUAGUAAAAAAUAUAUCUAUAGGAUUUAAUUAACUUCUAUUAAUCAUUGCUUUUUACGUAGCGGCAUUUAUUAUAUAAAUCUAAGCGAGUUUUAGUUUGGUGCAAAAUAUUGUGUGAUCUUAGUUUUUACGAAUUUAUGAUAUGAGAAAGCAAAACGAGAUUUUUUUUAACUAAACAACUUAUUCUGAUUAACGAAAUAUAAAAAAAUAGUUAAAAAUAAUAUGAUGGAUUAAAGGCUUCACUUCAUGGUAAAGUAUGGAAAAUAAAUAAACUAAUUAAAGUUUAUAUUAGAUUGUUCUUUUAACUUUUAAUGAUAGACAUUUGUACAAUGUAAUAAUAAUAAAUAAUAAAAAUAAUUUACAAUUCAAGUAAAUAAGAUUAUUCAAAAUUCGCAAUCCAUGCAUUCUUCGUUUUGCCUUCUCUCAGGUGCCGUGCGUUGUGCAAUGUGCCAUUGACAUGUAGAUUAAAUAGACAAACUAAUUUAUAACAAAUUACUAUC